CUCCCUGCAAGUCUUUCCAGUACUUGAGAGAAGAAUCCAUCCCCAGUUAAUGCUGUAGAUGACGAAUCAUUAAAGGCGGAAAGAGAUUGACAAUACUUUUUAGAACUUGGACUACAAUGGAGUUAAAAGAAAUUUACUUCCCUUGAUUGGAGGAUGGAAUGCCAAAAUGUCUGCUAUGUGGACUCUCAACAAGCUGAGAGACAGAUUUGAGGAUUUAAGAUGCAUCAGACAGGAUGUCCCAUUCUCUGAAAAUGGGCCUCAGAACACUGCACUUCAGGGGCUACUCAUGAUUCUGGGAGAAAUUCCUGCUGAUCAGCCAACUGAUUCUGGCCCCUGGGAGAAGUCUUGCUGCCUAGCAGGAUAAGCUAUCUGCCUGAAGUACUGCUGGGAAUAUUGACAGUAUUGCUGCUGCUGUUGCUGAGCUCCAUAAUGAUGACUUUUAACUUCUGGUGUAACCCCCAAUGAACAUACAGUGGCCGGAGAGUCCUUAAAGGAAUGCAGCAUCUCAUUAGUCUUUUUGGAAAACAAGAACUGACCAUCGAAGGAACAGCUCAGCUGCCAGCAAAAGCAGGUGCUCUCACCGUAUCUGAGCUCCAGAGGAAAUAUUUAGGAAAUGGAAAACCUGAUGCUUGGCUACCGUUCCUGUAAAGUUAUCUGGACACUGCUUAUAACAAUUUUAGGCUAUACCAGCUGUCUGCCUGUGGGUGAUGAUUCUGUUUGCACAGCAGAGGAAGUUGCUAAGUACAGCAUAGCCUUUGUAGGGAAAUGGAGUCAGGCUGCUUUCCCUAAGCAGUAUCCCCUUUAUAGGCCUCCAGCACAAUGGUCUUCCUUGCUAGGUGUUACCCAUAGUUCUGACUAUACCAUGUGGAAAAAGGAUGAAUAUGCCAGCAAUGGUGUGCGUGAUUUUGCUGAAAAGGGUGAAGCAUGGACAUUAAUGAAGGAAAUAGAAGCAGCUGGAGAAAAAAUUCAAAGUGUGCAUGGAAUCUUCUCAGCUCCUGCCAUUUCCAGUGGUACAGGACAAACCUUCACGGAAUUAGAAGCACAUUCAAGACACUCCUUAGUUUCUUUUAUUGUACGAAUUGUGCCUAGCCCUGAUUGGUUUGUGGGUGUUGACAGUCUAAAUCUAUGUGAAGGAGAUCAUUGGAAAGAACAAGAAACAGUAGAUCUUUUUCCAUAUGAUGCUGGAACAGACAGUGGUUUCACAUUUUCCUCACCAAACUUUGCCACUAUUCCACAGGAUACUGUUACAGAGAUCACUUGUUCCUCUCCAAGUCACCCAGCAAACUCAUUUUAUUAUCCCAAGCUAAAAAGUUUGCCACCUAUUGCUCGAGUAACCAUUGUAAAACUUAAAAGAAACCAGCUGGGUCUUCCUGGUUCUCAGCCUAACCUGACUGCUGUAGGCAAUGAAAUAGAUGACUCUGUCUCAGAAACACCAUUGGACUGUGAGAUUUCACUGUGGUCUUCCUGGGGUCUUUGCAGAGGUACUUGUGGAAAGAUAGGGACCAAAACAAGAACUCGUUAUGUACGCCUUCAACCUGCCAAUAAUGGAACUCCUUGUCCAAAUCUGGAUGAAGAAACAGAAUGUGAACCAGACAAUUGUAUCUGAAAUCUCCUUUCCAAUGGAAUUUAGAUCAUUUAAAUUAAGGUUAGAUUUAGUUGACUCUAUACUCCAUGUCAGUCACUAUUCCUUAUAAUUCAGGUAUGUUGUAAUGUUUUAUUGAAAUGUUUAAUUAGACUGAUGCUGAUUUUAUUGUUUGAUAUCAAGAGUUUUUUUUAAUUACUUAAUUUUAGUCCAACAGUUCUUGAUCAUUUACAGGGAAAACAAAACAAAAUCCACUGAAUCCAUUCCUUCCUACAAAUAUUGUGUAAGUUCUUGCAGUGCCAUCUAGUGGCAGAAAAGAAAUUUUUGAUAUACUGCACAGUUCAUUUAUGUUAACAAAUCUUUUGAAUACAAUCCAGAUUAUCACAUACAUUCUUAAAUAUUAGAAUUUGUAGAUUUAAAUUUGUUUAUUUAUACCUAUAAAGCUAAUUAUUAUG